AUGAAUACGCACGUUAAACGUCUUGAUCAUUUAAAUAACCGUCUCGAUUCUGUUGCAAAUACUUUGCAAUCGCCGAGCGGUAGAACAGGUUCAACUAAUGUGAAACAUUCAUCGGAUGAUCGAGUAGAUGCUUUACCUGUUUUACGUGAGUAUAAUACGAUCAUCAAUGAAACACUUGCACCAUUCGUAACAACUUCUCGUAAAAUCGGUGGAGAAUUAAUUACUAUGGUUGAUCAUUUAACACGUUUAUUUGAUGCUCAACGGACAUUUCUUCGCACGGCAGUUCAAACAAAGAAACCAACGAAUGACGAACAAACAAUAAAUUUGGUCAAACCACAAUCGACCGAGAUUGAAGCUAUCGUUGCUUUUACGAACCAAAAUCGUAAAUCAACGCUAUUUAAUCAUUUGUCAUCAAUAUCUGAAGGUAUACCGGCAUUUGGUUGGAUUCUUAUCUCACCGACGCCUGCUCCUCACAUAAAGGAAAUGUCGGAUGCUGCACAAUUCUAUUCUAACCGAGUCUUAAAAGAUUUCAAAGACAAAGAUCCCAUCCAUGCCGAAUGGGUUAAACAAUGGAUAAAGAUUUUAACAGAAUUGCACGCAUAUGUUAAACAAUAUCAUACCACUGGUUUGACCUGGGGCUCAUACAAUCUACACGAUACGAACAAUGGUUCUCCUCGCAAUCCGCCAUCAGCUCCGACGAUUGCAUUGUCAAAGAUGCAAAUCAAUGAUAGCUCGCCAAAAAACGGAUUUAUGACUUCAAUUAAUUCUUUAAGUACGAAUGCUACGUCACAUUUGAAAAAAGUUCCAGAUGAACUUAAAACCCACAAAAAUCCUCAAUUGAGAGAGCAGCCCAUUGAACGAACGAGUAAAACUCAGAUACAUUCAUCCAAUACUUCGUCCAAUUCGACAUCAGGCACGCCUAAAUUAGCUCUCGAAGGUAACAAAUGGCUUGUUGAAUAUCAAUCUGGCCGUACAGAUUUAAAACUAGUUGAAGUCAACAUGAAACAAACUGUUUACAUCUAUAAAUGUUCGAAUUCAACAAUUACCAUCCAAGGAAAAGUUAAUUCUAUCGUUCUUGAUCAAUGUACUAAAGUUGGCAUUCAAUUUACAUCCGUCGUUUCCUUGAUAGAAUUCAUCAACUGUCGGGGAAUCAAAGCUCAAGUUAUAGAAAACGUUCCAACUGUUCAAAUAGAAAAAACGGACGGGUGUCAUAUUUAUCUAUCAAAAAGUUCGUUAAAUACAGAAUUUAUUACUUCGAAGUCAUCAGAAAUGACAAUUAAUGUUCCAUAUGGGGAUGGAGAAUACAAAGAACAUCCCAUACCUGAACAAUUCAAAACAUCGUUACAAAACGGCAAACACUUGGUCACAACACCCAAUGAAUCAUCAGGUGUCUAA